AUGAGGUUUAGUGAGUUAGAGUUGAAUUGGGGUUUUGAGUUUAAUUCUCUUCGAAUGGAAACACAUGAAAAAGAGGUCCUCAAUGAGCUGAAGCCUCAUAAUAAUCCUUUGAAAAAGCUUGAACUCGUGUCAUAUAGGGGUAUAGAGUUUUCAAAUUGGGUUGGGGAUCCCUCAUUUCAUCGGUUGACUAAAGUGUCAAUAGAUGGUUGUGAAGAAUGUACAUCUCUACCAAGAAUUGGGCAACUACCAUCACCGAGGAAGCUGAUUAUUGGUAGGAUGAGUAAGGUGAAGGUUGUAGGUUUGAAGUUGCUUGGGACCGGCCUUACAUUUCCUUCACUUAAAAUCCUACGGUUUGAUAGUAUGUCAGGGUGGGAGGAAUGGUCAACAAAUAGUGGGGCGUUUCCUUGCCUCCAAGAGCUUCAUAUUGAAGAUUGUCCUAAUCUGGUUCGGGUCUCCCUCGAAGCACUACCUUCACUCAGGGUUUUGAAACUAAUAAAAUGUGAUCAUGGUUUAUUGAAAAGUCUGGUCGAUGCAGCUUCAUCAAUCACCAAGUUUAAAAUAGAUGAUAUUUCAGGACUUACCGAUGAACUGUGGAGAGGUGUGAUAGGGUGUCUUGGUGCAGUUGAAUACGUAAGCAUCAAACGGUGUAACGACAUAAGAUACUUGUGGGAAUCAGAAGCAGGGGCAAAUGAGAUGAGAAGUUUUGGUGAAUUGUUGCAUCUUCUUCCUUCAUCCCUUACUGAUUUUGGUAUAGAUGGAUUUGAGAAACUGGAAUCAGUUUCAAGUGGACUGCAACACCUCACCUCCCUCCAACGUCUCAUCAUUCAGAACUGCCCAAAGACGACAGAUCUACCAGAAAAGUUGUUGCCUUCGCUUCUGAUAAUGUGGAUCUCUGGAUGUCCAAAUCUGAAACAAAAGAUUAGCAGAGGAGGCAUCUAUUGGCCCCAGGUCUCCCUUAUCCCCUGCUUCCGGAUAGACGGAAUUUUACCAAAUGAAAUAUGA